UAGUGUCAUCUGGCCUCCGCGGGAGAUUGGGGGAUAUUUCACUACCUAGGCUACGGUAUUCGACAGUUUCAGUGGAUUUACCUACGGUUGUUUCAUUUGGAUCAAAUUUAGGCCUACUCUAUAGGCUAUCCCACCAAGGAUUUUGUGAUGGACCAGAAUCUGUUUGGUGGGGUUCCCAGAUUCAUAACACGGCCCAAGGCGUUUUCUGUGUGUGUGGGUAGGGAUGCCUCAUUGAGUUGCACCAUUGUGGGCAGUCCUGUCCCAAUUGUCACAUGGGAGAAAGAGAAACUGCAACUCUCUGCUGGUGGCCGUUUCAAAACAGUGGAGGAUGGUGAUGUCUAUCGCUUGACCAUCUAUGAUCUGACUUUGGAAGACAGUGGGCAGUACAUGUGCCGUGCCAAAAACAAUGUUGGGGAAGCCUAUGCUGCUGUGAGCCUUAGGGUGGGCCUGCCAGAGCAGCUGGUGGAUCGAGCACCUGUGUUUAUGGUGAAGCCUAUGUCUGCACGAGUUGGCCUGGGAGGCGAUGUCACCUUCUACUGCCGGGUGGCAGCUCACCCUGAUCCUAACUUUGAGUGGGAGAAGGAUGGCCGUUAUAUUGGUGAGACAAACCGUAUCAAAAUCACCUCUGACAGUGAAGGCAGCUCCUUGCGGAUCCAAAGUGUGCGCAGCCUUGACAGUGGCACCUAUACCUGUCGUGCUCAAAACACAGUAGGUCGGUCUCAUGCAGCUGCCACUCUUGUAGUGGACCUCCAGGAUGCCUAUCAGAUUGUUAAUGCAGACAAAAGCACAUCCCUUUUGUCACACCUCCAGAAACGAAAGGAGGAGAUGAGAAAAGAUAUCUCCUUUCAUCGAACCACAGAAAGCACUUCAUCCUCUCUCUCUAGCUCUAAGAUCACUGACGGACGAGACAAUGAUCAACGUGCCUCCGACUUUGCUUAUAAUUUGCCAAAAGGUGUCUUUACUCGCACAUGUAUGGUGACUGAGGGGAAGCAUGCAAAACUCAGCUGUUUUGUCACAGGUCAUCCAAAGCCCCACAUUGUUUGGAGGAAGGAUGGUACAAACAUCACUGAAGGCAGACGACAUGUAAUGUAUGAGGAUCAUGCAGAGAACUUUAUCCUCAAGAUUUUAUACUGUAAACAGAGUGACAAUGGCUUGUACACCUGCAAUGCCUCAAAUAUGGCUGGACAGACAUACAGUGCUGUGUUGGUGAUUGUUAAAGAACCCAAAGUCCCCUUCAAGAGGAAGCUGCAGGAUGUGGAGGUACAGGAAAAGGCCACAGCAAUGCUUUUCUGUGAGGUGCCUGUAGCAGCCUCUCAAGCCAACUGGUUCAUGGAGGAGACGCGCUUGGAAGAGAGUGGCAAAUACCGAAUGGAAGAGAAGGGGACAUUGCGUCGCCUCACCAUCCACAAUGUCACAACCAAUGAUGAUGCUGUUUACAUCUGCGAAAUGUCAGAGGGGAGUCGCACUGUUGCUGAGCUCACUGUUCUGGGUAACAUCACAAAGAAACUCCCACGCAGGACAGUUGUCCCUGUGAGCGACACAGUAAUAUUCUGUGUAGAGCUUGAAAAACCUUGUGAAGGCUCUUACUGGACAAGAAAUUGCGUUAAGCUGCUUGAAGAUACACGCAUCAGCAUUGCACAUAGUACACGGCAAUACACUUUAACCAUACGUGACUGCACUUCUGAAGACUCAGGAGAAGUAGCUUUCAUCGCAGGGGAUUGCAAGACCUCAACGCAUUUCACUGUUACUGCACCAAGAAAGCACCCACCAGAUCCCCCAAUUGACCCUGUGGUACGGAACAAGACUGAUUCAUCCAUCACUCUGUGCUGGUCACCUCCAGAGAGCGAUCGUCCGGUGCCAAUAAAAGGAUACUUUAUCGAAAGAAGAAAACUAGGAGCUCACACAUGGCUGAGGUGCAACACUACAAGCACAGUGCCCUACACCCACUACACUGUCAACAACAUUACAGAAGAAGGCAGCUAUGAGUUCCGUAUCUCUGCUGUAAAUGACUUUGGCCGAAGCUCCUGCCUUGAGGUUCCUGGAACAUUCUUCCUUGAACCGACAGCGAACAUAACAAAAGGCCUAGUGAAUGCCAGUGCAACCUCUGGUGAGGAGGUUACGUUGACAAUCGAGCUCUCUGCGGUCUGCUCAGGCUCCUGGAAACUAAAUAAUACUCUUCUACGCAGUGGCUCUGACUACCUCAUCACACGUUCAAAGACCAUUCACACGCUUCUCAUCCGUAAGGCCACUUUUGAGCUGAAUGGGGCUGAAGUGAAGUUUGUUGGUGGUGGCUCAGAGAGUAUUUGCACACUUAGUGUGAAAGCUCCACAAGCCCGCUUCACAAGAAAGUCCACUGAGACAGAAGUUUUUGGCUUCACAGCAUACACAUCGGCAAAGCUGCAGACUGAAGUGUCAGAUCCAAAUGUCCAGGUCAUAUGGAUGAAGGAGGGCAAGGAGAUUAAGACAGCGAAAAAGUAUGAGUGCCUGUCCACUGACCUGAUGCGUGUUCUUGUGAUACACAAAAUCACACAUGAAGACACUGGCAUAUAUGAGUGUAUUUGUGAUGGAGAUAGAAUGUUCUUCCAGGUUGCUCUUAAAGAUGAACCAGGCAGGUUUGUAAACAAGUCUAAGAGUGAAGGAGCUGCCAUGAAACUCAGUGGUGAUGUGGAGCUCAGCUGUGAGGUAUCCACUAAUGACACAGCUGUGAUUUGGAAGAAAGAGCAGAAAGAACUAAAGGAAGACCAGAGGACAUCAAUGUUUUCCCAAGGAACAAAGCGGAAGCUCGUCAUUAAGAAUGCUAAGUCCAGUGAUGAGGGACACUACUCAUGUGAAACAGCAGAGGACAAGGUGACAUUCCAGGUCAACAUUAAAGAAUCUCAAAGUGAUACAUUCAUCAACAAAGAGUCUAUUCAGAGGGAAGUUAAAGCUACAAUAUCUGAGAAGGCAACUCUAAGCUGUGAAGUGGCCAACUCAAAGACCGAAGUCAAAUGGUACAAGGAUGGUCAUCUGUUGAGCUCAAGUAAAACCGUCCACAUGGAGAUGAAGGGUAAAACGUGUCAGUUGGUGUUGGACAGUGUGGAGAAGAAGGAUGCUGGGGAGUACAUCUGUGAGUCUGGGAAAGAGAAACUAGUGUUCAAGAUUCAUGUAGCAGAAAUCCAAGAAACUGGCUUCGCUAACAAGGAGUCUGUCCAAAAGGAGGUUAAAGCAGCCAUUUCUCAAAAAGCUACUCUGAGCUGUGACGUGUCCAACUCAAAGACCGAAGUCAAAUGGUACAAGAAUGGUCAUCUGUUGAGCUCAAGUAAAACCGUCCACAUGGAGAUGAAGGGUAAAACGCGUCAGUUGGUGUUGGAUAGUGUGGAGAAGAAAGAUGCUGGGGAGUACAUCUGUGAGGCUGGGAAAGAGAAACUAGUGUUCAAGAUUCACGUAGCAGAAAUCCAAGAAACUGGCUUUGCUAAUAGGGAGUCUGUCCAAAAGGAGGUUAAAGCAGCCAUUUCUCAAAAAGCUACUCUUAGCUGUGAAGUGGCCAACUCAAAGACCGAAGUCAAAUGGUACAAGGAUGGUCAUCUAUUGAGCUCAAGUAAAACAGUCCACAUGGAGAUGAAGGGUAAAACACGUCAGCUGGUGUUGGACAGUGUGGAGAAGAAGGAUGCUGGGGAGUACAUCUGUGAAGCUGGGAAAGAGAAACUAGUGUUCGAGAUUCACGUAGCAGAAAUCCAGGAAACUGGCUUUGCUAACAAGGAGUCUGUCCAAAAGGAGGUUAAAGCAGAAAUCUCUCAGAAAGCUACUCUGAGCUGUGAAGUGGCCAACUCAAAGACCGAAGUCAAAUGGUACAAGGAUGGUCAUCUGUUGAGCUCAAGUAAAACCGUCCACAUGGAGAUGAAGGGUAAAACGUGUCAGUUGGUGUUGGACAGUGUGGAGAAGAAGGAUGCUGGGGAGUACAUCUGUGAGGCUGGGAAAGAGAAACUAGUGUUCAAGAUUCACGUAGCAGAAAUCCAAGAAACUGGCUUUGCUAAUAGGGAGUCUGUCCAAAAGGUGGUUAAAGCAGCCAUUUCUCAAAAAGCUACUCUUACCUGUGAAGUGGCCAACUCAAAGACCGAAGUCAAAUGGUACAAGGAUGGUCAUCUGUUGAGCUCAAGUAAAACCGUCCACAUGGAGAUGAAGGGUAAAACGCGUCAGUUGGUGUUGGAUAGUGUGGAGAAGAAAGAUGCUGGGGAGUACAUCUGUGAGGCUGGGAAAGAGAAACUAGUGUUCAAGAUUCACGUAGCAGAUAUCCAAGAAGCUGGCUUUGCUAACAAGGAGUCUGUCCAAAAGGAGGUUAAAGCAGAAAUCUCUCAGAAAGCUACUCUGAGCUGUGAAGUGGCCAACUCAAAAACCGAGGUCAAAUGGUACAAGGAUGGUCAUCUGUUGAGCUCAAGUAAAACCGUCCACAUGGAGAUGAAGGGUAAAACACGUCAGCUGGUGUUGGACAGUGUGGAGAAGAAGGAUGCUGGGGAGUACAUCUGUGAGGCUGGGAAAGAGAAACUAGUGUUCAAGAUUCACAUAGCAGAGGCUUCUGCCAAAUUCCAAAAAAAGUCUGUGACCAAAGAUGCAGUUGUGGUACAAGCAACAGAGAAAAUAAUUCUGUCCACUGAACUGAUGUCUGAAAAUGCAAUUGUGAGAUGGUUCAGAGAUGGUGUGGAGCUUAAGGAUUGUAGAAAAUAUGACUUGAAGAAGGAAGGUCUUCAUUGUAUCCUGACAGUGAACUCUGCUGAGCUCAAAGACAGUGGUACAUACACUUGUCAAACUGUUGAUGACAAGAUGGACUUCAAAGUUCUUGUGAAAGAAGAACAUCUGAAAUUUUCUCAACCUUUGGAGUCUACGACUGCAGUGCUGGAGGGUGUCCUCAGCCUGGUUUGCCAGCUUAACAGGCCCAAAGGCCAUGUUAUCUGGCGCCAUAAUGGGAUAGAGAUCAAGAGUGGUGGAAGGUACAGCAUCAGCACUGAUGGUAUGAGAUGCAUUCUGACAGUGACUGGAGUUUCCAAGGAGGAUGACGGGGAGUAUAGUUGUGAAAGCAAAGAUGACAAGACAUCUGUCAAAGUCAAUACAAAAGCUCCUCGAUUGGUGAGAUUUACCUCCAAAUUGAGUGACAUUGUUGCAGUUGAAAACACAGAAGGCACUUUCAAAUGUUCCAUUACCCCUGCUGAUGUCACAGUGAAAUGGCUGAGGAACGGUAUUCCACUUACAUCUGGGCCCAAGUAUAAGAUUGCACAUGGAGGGAACAGUCAUUCUCUCACUAUAACUAACAUUUGUCAAGAAGAUGCAGGGGAGAUUUCAAUUGAGGCAGAAGAAAAGAUCUCAAAAGCAACACUGCAAGUACAGCAGGUACCAGUUACCUUUAAAAAGAAACUUCAGGACCUCACGGUUCAGGAGCAGGAUGAAGUGCGUCUUGAGGUGGAGUUGAGUAAACCAUCCAAAGAAGUAAAAUGGAUGAAGAAUGGUGUUGUUGUCCAACCCGGAGGCAGUGUAGAUAUCAUUGUGGAAGGUGCCAGGCAAACCCUUCUUUUCAAGAAUGUGACCCAGGGUGAUAGAGGACAAUACUCAUGCGAGACGUUGGAUGACAAGACCCAAGCCAAGCUCACAGUGGAAAUGAGAAAGAUUCAGGUGGUGAAGGGUUUUGCAAAGGAAACAAAGGUUACUGAAGAAGAAUCCACAACAUUUGAGGUUGAACUGAGUGAAAUUGUAGAAGAAGGCACCUGGAUGAAAGAUGGCAAGAAAUUAAAAGCAGGAACAAACUGUGUCACUACAAGACAUGGCAAAAAACAUUCCUUGACAUUAUCCAAGUUAAUAACAGAGGAUGCUGGGAUGAUUGUCUUCCAAGCAGAAGGUGUCCAUGUUUCUGGCAAGCUGAUCAUCACAGAGCCUGCAGCUACAAUUUCGCAACCACUCAAAGACAGUAAAUGUCCUGAAAAGGAGAAGGUGACUUUUGAGUGUGAAGUGUCAAGAGCUAAUGCAGAUGUGAAGUGGUUUAAGAAUGACAUGGAGCUAAAACCAGGGAAGGAUAUUGCCAUUCGGUCCCAGGGUUGCAAGCGUAUCCUUCUCAUCCACAAAUGUACUUAUGAGGACCAGGGGGAGUACUUAUGCUGCACAGCUGAUGAUAACACAGCAGCAACGCUGACUGUGCAUGCUCGAGAUAUCAAAAUUGUGAAGCCCCUGGAGGAUAUAGAGGUUAUAGAGAAGGAAAGUGCUUCAUUUGUCUGUGAGAUCUCCCAUGACGAGGUAGAAGGAAAGUGGCACAAAGAUGGUGCCCUGUUAAAAUCAAGAGACAACAUAAAGAUUAGACAGGAAGGAAAGACUUUUGUUCUUCUGUUCAAAUCUGUGACAAUAGAGGAUGCUUCAGAGAUUAAAUUCUCUGCUGAAAAUGCUUCAUCGACGGCCAAACUCCGUAUAAAAGAGCUGCCUGUCAAAUUUGUGAAGAAACUCAGAGACAAAAUUGCCAUGUAUAAACAUCGUGGUCACCUAGAAUGUCAAGUUUCUCGUGCCAGUGCAAAAGUUACAUGGUACAAGAACAAUAAAGAGCUGAAGUCCAACAAGAAGUAUGAGAUCUCCAGUGAUGGUGUCUACCGGAAGCUUACCAUCAAUGAUGUAGACUCGGGUGAUGAGGACACCUACGUAUGUGAUGCCAUCGAUGACAAGACUUCCUGUCAAUUACUGGUGGAGGAGCAGGCCAUCAGCAUUGUGAAACAACUUUGCCCGGUGGAGGUCACAGAACCUUUUGCUGCUGUCUUUGAGGUGGAAAUCAGUAUGGAAUCUGUGAAGUUGCCCAAAUGGAUACUCAGUGAUGUGGUGCUCCAGGAGAGCACCGAUGUUGAGAUGGAAACAGAAGGGACCAUGCAUCGUCUCACCUUCAAAAAGACCAAAGCUUCAAUGUCAGGUCCUCUUCAGUUCAGUAUUGGCAAGAGCAAAUCUGUGGCUCAGCUAACUGUUAAAGAGCGACCCAUAGAAGUGAUGGAACCUGUCAAAAACAUGAUGGCCAAAGAAAAGACCUCUACCAACUUGAGCUGCAGGUUCUCUUCUCCACCCAAAGAGGUCAGGUGGUAUAAAGAUGAAACCCUCCUGGUUGCCUCACAAAAAUAUAGUAUGAAGCAGGAUGGUGGUAACGUACAGCUGACCAUCAAUAACCUUGCACCGGAUGAUACAGGGGAGUACUGUUGUCAAGGUGGAACCUGUAAAAGUAAAGCAACUGUCACAGUAGAAGUUCGAGACAUCAAGUUCACAAAACACUUGGAGGAUGCAGAGGUGGAGGAGGAUGGGGAAGCCAUGUUCAGCUGUGAGCUUAACUAUGCAGAUGAAGAAGUGCGUUGGCUUUUGAAUGAGAAGCAGUUGUGCUCAAAUGAAGUGAACAUGAUUCAACAAGUGGGCAAGCUCCACACUCUCACUCUGAAGAAUCUCCCGGCUGAGGAUAGUGGAAUGAUCACAGUUAUUGUCAAGGACAAAAUGGAAACAGCCUCCCUGAAGGUGAAAGAGAAAAAGGCUGUGUUUCUCAAGUCUUUGGACGAUGUGGUUGGGGAGGAGAAUGGAAAGAUCACACUGAAGUGUGAGGCCUCAAAACCAAGGGUAUCCAUUGUCUGGAGGAAAGAUGGUAAGGUCCUUGCUGCCAGCUCCAAGUAUGAGUUUUUACAAACUGGCAAAGCCUUGGGUCUUACCAUUCAUGACCUCACCAAGGACGAUGCUGGUGAAUAUAGCUGCGAUCUUGGCUCAGAUCUUGCCAAAUCCAAAGUGACUGUGAGAGAUAUUAACAUUGGUAUCACUAAGCGCUUGAAGCCAGUUGAAGCUAAAGCAGGAGAGACAUGCAGCUUCGAAUGUAUUCUGUCUCGAGAGAGCACAGAUACAUACUCCUGGAAUGUCAAUGGCAGUCCUGUCAGUGCUGGUGGACGCUUUGAUAUGUGCAAAAAGGGUCGCAAGUACACUUUGACCAUCAAAAAUGCCACAAACAGUGACACUGGUGAAGUUAUCUUCACUAUCAAAGACCUUGUCUCAAAAACCACUCUUUUUGUUGAAGGCACUGCUGUCAUUGUAUCCAGAGAGCUCCAAACUGUCUGUGCAGUGUCUGGAGAGGAUGCUGUAUUUAUUUGUGAAAUGUCUGAGGCCAGCCCUGACAUCAAAUGGUCCAAGGAUGGGAAGGCCAUUAAAAAAAGUGAAAAGUAUGACAUCAGCCAGGAAGAAAAAGUCAUGAAGCUCACUAUUUACAAUGUCACUGACAAAGACUCAGGGACAUACUGUUGUGAAAUCCUGGGUGGACCCUCAACAAAAGCCAGCCUUGAAGUCCAGGCAUCACCUUUAGCCUUCGUUCAUGAACUUGAGAGCCAGGAGGCUGUAGAAGGGGGCAGUGUCACUCUACGUUGUGAAUUCUCCAAAGCUGGGGUCCCCGUGGAAUGGAGGAAAGGUGCGGAAGUGAUCACUUCUGGACAGAAAUACCAUAUGAAGCAGGUUGGAUUUAAUUUAGAGCUGAAUAUCUCAGCUCUGACACCAGAAGAUUCUGGAACCUAUGUUUGUGAAUGUGGAGGCAGUAAUACAUCUUCCAACAUCAAAGUAAAGGCUUUACCUGUGACCUUCGCACAUGGACUUGAGAGCCAGGAUGCUGUAGAGGGAGGCAGCGCCAUUUUACACUGUGAGCUUUCCAAACCUGGAGUACCUGUGGAAUGGAGAAGAGGCCCUGAGGUGAUCAAGUCUGGACAGAAAUACCAAAUGAAGCAGGUUGAAUCCACUGUAGAGCUGAAGAUCUCAGAUCUGAAACCUGAAGAUUCUGGAGUCUAUGUUUGUGAUUGUGGAGACAAUAGCACAUCAGCUGACAUCAAAGUAAAGGCUUUACCUGUGACCUUCACACAUGAACUUGAGAGCCAGGAUGCUGUAGAGGGAGGCAGCGCCAUUUUACACUGUGAGCUUUCCAAACCUGGAAUACCUGUGGAAUGGAGAAGAGGCCCUGAGGUGAUCAAGUCUGGACAGAAAUACCAAAUGAAGCAGGUUGAAUCCACUGUAGAGCUGAAGAUCUCAGAUCUGAAACCUGAAGAUUCUGGAGUCUAUGUUUGUGAUUGUGGAGACAAUAGCACAUCAGCUGACAUCAAAGUAAAGGCUUUACCUGUGACCUUCGUACAUGAACUUGAGAGCCAGGAGGCCAUCGAGGGAAGCUGUGUCACUCUAUGUUGUGAGCUCUCCAAAUCUGGUGUACCUGUUGGAUGGAAGAAAGGUCCUGAAGUGAUUAGCUCUGGACAGAAAUACCAAAUGAAGCAAGUUGGAUCCAUUGUAGAGCUGAAGAUAUCAAAUCUGAUACCUGAAGAUUCUGGACUGUAUGUUUGUGAUUGUGGAGACAAUGAGACAUCUGCCAGCAUCAAAGUAAACGCAUUGCCUGUGACCUUCAUUCAUGACCUUGAGAGCCAGGAAGCUGUUGAGGGAAGCAGUGUAACUCUACGCUGUGAGCUCUCCAAGCCUGGAGUACCUGUGGAAUGGAGGAAAGGACCAUUAGUGCUCACAUCUGGAGAGAAAUACCAAAUGAAGCAAGUUGGAGCCAUUGUUGAGAUCACCAUCUAUUCAGUGAAGUGUGAGGACACUGGGGAUUACUGCUGCAUCUCAGGAGCCAGCCAUAGCAAAGCCUUCAUUAAAAUCAGUGCUCCAACCAACAGUUGUCCAAGGAGCAGGCACUAUCAGGGGUGCCUAGAAGCACCCAUGGUAUUGUUUACGAAAGAGUUAGAAAAUCAAGAAGCUCUGGAGGGAAAAGAUGCCACUCUGUGUUGCACAACAUCCUGUGAAGAUGCCAAAGUCACCUGGAGGAAAGGUUUGGUGGCACUGGAAGAGGGCAAAAAGUAUUCCAUCCAAAAGGAAGGCACAACUCAUACACUGGUAGUGCACAGUGUGAAAGUGGACGACAGCGGUGAAUACAUUUGUGACACAGGAGAAAAACAAAGCAAAGCUACAUUAAUGGUCAAAGAACGUGUGCUUAUCACUCGGGGCAUACAGAAUGUUGCUGUUACUGUCGGUGAGAAUGCACAUUUCAGUUGUGAACUUUCCCAAGAGGGGGUGACUCAUGUUCAGUGGUGGUUGAGCUCCAACCAUCUGCAGAACAAUGAUCUGAAUCAGAUCAGCUGCCAGGGCAGAGAGCACCACUUAGUGCUAAGAAUGGUCACACCAGAUGAAUCAGGUGAUGUGGCAUUUGUUGUCGGUGAAGAGAAAAGUGUGGCCUACCUUCUUGUGCAAGACAAGCCCAAAGAAGCUCCAGCCUUUUUCCAGAAAGAGCUGAAGAAUCAGCAAGCAAGAGAGGGUGACAGUGUUACACUAUGCUGUGAGCUCUCCAAACCAGGCGUUACAGUAGAGUGGAGAAAAGGAGGAGUAGUCCUUCAGAGUGGCAAGAAGUACACCAUGAGACAAGAUCACCACAUUCAGGAGCUCCUCAUACAUGACCUGGAUCCUGAGGACACUGGUUAUUACACAUGUGAUGCAGGAGCACAGCUAACUACUGCCUCCGUGACAGUGCAAGCGGGUGAAGUGCAGAUAGUUUCAGGUUUGCACAACACUGACAUCUUCGCGGGUGAGCAGGCUGUGUUUUCCUGCCAUCUAUCUGGCCAGGCACCUGGCAAAGUUCAGUGGUGGCUGGAUGGCACUCAGCUGGAUCACAGGCCCUUCUGUGAGAUUGGGGUGCUGCAUGGCCAUAUCUACACUCUCAGAUUUAAGAACCUUGCCCCUGAUGACUCAGGAAAUGUCACUUUUAAAGCAGGCAGUCUGGUGUCUUCCGCAAAACUCUUGGUUAAAGAUCCAUCCGUAGAGGUGGUCAGUGCCAUGGAAGAUCUGCAAGUGCCAGAGGGCCGGCCUGCAGAGUUCAUCUGCCAAUAUUCUCGGCCAGUCACAGCUGUCUGGAAAAAAGAUGGCCGACCACUGCUGUCUGAUGGUUGCGGGUUGAUAGUGGAACAGGACUGGAACGUGGCUCGCUUGUACAUUAAAUCUGUUAUCCCGGGAGACACAGGAUCGUAUUCCUGUGAGGCAGAGGGUACCUGCGUGGUGGCUCACCUGGAGGUGCAAGCUAAACCCAUUGACAUUGUCCAGGGUCUGGAGAAUGUCGAGGCAAUAGAUGGAGGGGAGGCUCUGUUUGAGUGUUCUCUUUCCCGCCCUGAAACCAAAGAUGUCAUUUGGCUGAUAAAUGGGAAACCUGUUUCGGAGUCACCUAGUGCGGAGAUUGUGUCAUUUGAAAGUGGCCGACGACACCUCCUCCUUCUGAAGGAACUGUGUGCUGGUGACAGUACUGUGACCUUCCAGGCUGGCCCUGCCUCCACUACUGCCAUGCUGUCUGUCAAAGGUUUGCAGCUGAAGAUAAUGACAGCUCUUAAAGACAGAGAGGCUUUGGUUGGUGAACAAGUGGAGUUUGCAUGUGUGUUGAAUGAGGUGGUGGCAGAAAGCGAGGUGACUUGGUACGUUAACGGAGCAGAGGUUAAUCCAGAUGACAACAGGACCAUAAGUUCAGAUGGCUGUACUUACAGACUCUCCCUGAAGGCGGUCCAAACUCAGACAACUCAAGAGAUUACAUUUGCUGCACAAGAUGCCAUAUCUAUGGCUAAGCUCACUGUUAUUGGUCCUCCUGAUCCCCCUGAGGAUCCUGAGUUGGUGAGCAAAACCAAAGACUCAGCGACCCUGUCCUGGUUCACACCUCUUCAUGAUGGGGGCAGCACCAUCCUUGGCUAUAGAGUGGAAAUGCGUCAGGUAGACAGUGCCCUCUGGUUGCCAUGCCACUCUGAGCCUGUGUGCAACACAGAGUUUAUUGUAGGGGACCUCAUCCCUGGCAUAGGGUAUUGCUUUCGUGUAGCUGCCAUUAACCGCGCAGGAAUCGGAGAGCCAAUUCAACUGCCCCAGACUGUGCAGCUUGAAAUGCCAGUGUCUGUAACUAAACAAGUGGACAGCAUCAAGACUCAACUCACUGAGGCUUCCUACCUAGAGGCUGAGACCUCUAAGACCAUAGAAGGAGAAGCCACUGAGGUCUCACAGGUAGAGCCAGGAGAGGGCAGCCAACCCAGUCUGCCUCCCGAAGCUGCCUCUGAAGGUGAUCUGCAUGCACUCUGGGAUGCAGUUGCUAAGAAGAGGCGCAUGAGCCGUGAGCCCACUCUUGAUUCCAUCCCUGAGGAAGAUGGUAAAGAAAAACGUAAAGAGGACGGUGUAACCAAAGAUGAAACAAAGCCUGAUGAACUAAAAUUAACCCCAGAACCCAACCUUUAUAUCAGCUCUGAUGAUGACACUGUUAGUGGCACACCUUCUCUUGUCACCUACCUCAAAAAGACGAGCAUAUCUACUACCGCUCAUCAAACUGAGACCAUCUCCUCAGAGAAAGCCUGUGAGAUCAAGAUAGAAGAGCAACAGACAACAGCAGAGACCACUGCCUUAGACAUCGACAAUGAAAAUGAACCAGAGCUGCUUGAGGCUGCUAUCAAAAUCCAGGCUGCCUUCAAGGGAUAUAAGGCACGAAAGGACAUGCGACCAAUCUUCAAAGAGGUUUUCAAGGAUCAGACCAAAGAGCCCAACAGUACCAUUCAUUUGGAAUGUGUUACUGACAGCAAACCAGACAAGGUUCGAUGGCUUAAGGACAAUGACUCACUAGUUGAUGGCAAGCACCACCACAUUGACAUCUAUAAUGAUGGCACCUGUUCUCUUGUGGUCACUGCUGCCACCACAAAAGACACAGGUGUAUAUACUUGUGAAGUCACAAAUAAGUUUGGGGUGGCCACACACAGUGCCAAAGUGACAGUGGGCUCUCUGCGAGAGUCAUCAGGACGCCGUCCUCUGACACUGACUUAUGGUUAUAGCGCUGAUAGUGAGCCAGAGAGCUCAUCCGGAAGUGAGAUGGAUGAGUCACUACGGCAGGCCAGCAAGCGUCUGAGGCGGCUCCUGCGCACCCGCCUACCACCAAAUGUUGAGGAGGAGUCAUUUGUAAGUGCUGAUGAGGGCGAGCUGCAGCCACCCGACCCUCACUCUUACCGUGAGGAUGACCGCUAUAUUUACAUUCGCUUUGAUACUCGAGCUGAAGCAGAAGUGGCAUCACAACGUUUCCAGAAAAUGUUCACAGCACAAGGGGUUCCAGUGGAAACAACUAUUUUGGAGGCAAAACCACCGCAAAAGGUAGAGCUGCGCAUCAUGAAGAUGGGCUACAUUCAAGAUGGAUCUCAGACACCGACCCAGGAUCGCCAGCCACCUGCAUUCAUGACAGGGGCCCCUGCGGCACCAGUUUUCCUGACUGAGCUCCAUAGUCAGGAUGUGCCAGAUGGUUACCCAGUGAGUUUCGACUGCGUAGUGAUUGGUAAGCCACCCCCCACGGUCCGCUGGUUCAAGGAUGGGAAGCUGCUGGAGGAGAAUGAUCACUACAUGAUCAAUGAAGACCAGGAGGGUUGUCACCAGCUCAUCAUCACUUCAGUGUUACCCUCUGACAUGGGUGUAUACCGCUGUAUGGCAGAGAAUGACAGUGGCAUGGCCUCCACAAAAGCUGAACUUAGGGUGGACUUGUCUUGCAGCUCUGACUAUGAUACAGCAGCUGAUGCCACAGAAACAUCCUCUUAUGUCAGUGCUAAGGGUUAUGUUUCACGGACUGAAACUGAGGCUUUUGAGUCAGUUGCUGAAGAGGAACAGCUUCCACAAGUUCUGGAUGAGUUGCAUGAUGUCCGUGUCAGCCCUGGUGCAUCCAUAGCUAAAAUGCAGGUCAAGGUCAAAGGGUACCCUAGGCCAAGAGUUUACUGGUUUAAAGACGGAUGUCCUCUGCGGCCUUCGGGCAGAAUUCUUCUGUCAACUGAAAGAGAUCUGCACAGUAUAGAGGUCCUAGAGGUGACACGUGAAGACACUGGAGAGUACUCUGCCUACAUCAGCAAUUCAGCAGGAUCAGCCUACUCCUCCGCUAGGAUGAUUGUUAUGGCACCUGGAGAAUGUUUACCAGAGGAUAAAAGAGCCAAAGAUUCAAAAGAACCACUUCUGCCCCCACGAUUCCUGGAAAGGUUCAAUAACAGGAAUGUGAAGCAGGGUGCAAGCAUUACUCUGUCAGUGAAAGUCGAAGGCUCCCCCUCUCCUAUGGUCUCUUGGCUGAAAGAGGAGUCUGGAGAAGAUGUACUCUGGAUCAAGCCAGAAACUAAGGGUUACAAGGUGGCCAGCUCAGGCUUGCAGCACAACCUGAUCCUAAUGGAUGUAGGAAAAGAGUACACAGGAACCUACACUUGCAUUGCCACCAACAAGGCUGGUCAAUCUGUCUGUACUGCCCACCUUGAGGUGGAGGAAGUGUCACCAGAGAAGAAGGAUAAAAUCACAUCAGAGGUACUUGGCAUCACUAUAAGUCCACCAGAAGAGGAGGCAAGCAAAGCUGAAGAGAGCAGACUUGCCUAUCUUGGUGGAGUGGGCACAGAAGAGUUCCUACAGAAACUCACCACCCAGAUUACUGAGAUGGUAUCUGCCAGAAUAACUCAAGACAGCUUACAGAACCAGGAAGUGCUCCAGUGGAUGAAAUCUUGGCCCAAACAGUCCACUUCACUUCGUGUCCCAGGGGCUGACAGUGAUGAUGAGACAAAGACCCCCUCUCCUUCACCUCAUCAUGGGCGAUCACGCCCUCCUUCACUCAUCAUGGAUUCCUCCUCUGAGUCAGAUGAGGGUGAUGCCCGUGGAGAGAUGUUUGACAUUUAUGUGGCCACUGCUGACUACAACCCAACACCUGCUAGUAAAGAAACUAUAGCACUGAAGGAUGGACAGUAUGUGGAGGUGCUGGACUCUGCUCACCCACUGAAAUGGCUGGUGCGCACCAAACCAACAAAAAGCACACCAUCCCGCCAGGGCUGGGUUUCACCUGCUUACUUGGAUAAACGGCUGAAGCUUUCUACAGAUGCAGGAGAGCCAUCUGAGUGCACUGGGGAGGAGGUUACAGAAGGAGAGUACAAAAGGAAGCUAUGUCAGCUCAUCCAGGAGAUGAUUAACAGCGAGGCAGAGUAUGUGAAAGAGAUGGAAUUCGUCUCAUCCCACCAUCUGAAGCAAAUGGAGAGUGAGGAGAUCCCACCUGAAAUUGCAAGCCAGAAGGAAACCAUAUUUAGAAACAUUGAUGACAUCAAAGCCUUUCAUUCCAGCUGCAUUCUUCCUGGCCUCAAUGAGUGUGAUACAGAUGAUGAUGUAGCCAUGCAACUUCUGAAAAAUACUGAAGGGUUUGAGAAAUAUCUACAGUACUUGGUGAGCCAGUCCCAAGCUGAAGCUGCUAUAAGUGAGAAGGUCACCCACCAGUAUUUCAAGAAAUACAGUGACAGUGAACUUGCCAACAUUGAUCCCUCUGAAGGUCCUAUUCUGAGUAUAAAUGCAUACAUUCAAAGACCAGUGGAGAGAAUUCAAAAAUACAAGACAUUACUGAAGGAGUUGAUCAGAAACAAAGCAAGAAAUGGACAAAACUGCUGCCUGUUGGAGGAGGCUUAUGCCAUGGUGUCCUCCCUGCCUCAACGUUCUGAAAACACGCAUCACGUGUCUCUCAUAGAAAACUACCCUGCUACGCUGGAGGUCCUGGGCGAGCCCAUUCGGCAGGGACCAUUUACAGUGUGGGAAGGUGCCCCUGGAAUCAGGACAUCAUCCAGAGGCCAUCAUCGCCACGUCUUCCUCUUUAAAAACUAUGUCAUUAUUUGCAAACAAAAACGAGACACCAAUACAGACUCUCAGGCUUACAUCUUUAAGAACAUGAUGAAGCUGAACAAUAUUGAUGUAAAUGAGACCGUGGAAGGUGAUGAAAGAGCCUUUGAAAUUUGGCAUGAGCGAGAGGACUCUGUCAGGAAGUACACUCUGCAGGCACGUACUGUUAUCAUUAAGAACUCUUGGCUGCGAGACCUACGUGACCUGCAGCAGCGCUACAGUCUACCAGCCUGGAGUCCACCUGAUUUUGUUGAGAUUUUGGCAGAUUGUACAGCAGAGCUGGGACAAACAGUGAAAUUGGCUUGCAAAGUUAGAGGCAUCCCCAAGCCCACAGUGGUGUGGUAUAAGGAUGGCCGUGCUGUAGAAGCAGACCCUCACCACAUCAUCAUAGAAGAUCCUGAUGGCUCAUGUACUCUGAUCCUGGACAACAUGACUGCAGAUGACUCAGGGCAGUAUAUGUGCUUUGCUACAAGCUCUGCAGGCAAUGCCAGCACUUUGGGAAAGAUCACUGUGCAAGUUCCACCCCGUUUUGUGAACAAGAUUCGAAAUGCUACUCUAGUUGCUGGUGAGGAUGCUCAGUUCACAUGCACUAUUCAAAGUGCUCCAAAUCCUAAAAUCAGAUGGUUUAAAGAGGGACGCCUGUUAACUGAUCAAGAAAAAUACCAGACGUACAGUGAGGCCCGCAGUGGUGUCCUUGUGCUAAUCAUUAAAAGCCCUGGUGAGAGGGACCUGGGACAUUAUGAAUGUGAGCUGUCUAACCGUCUCGGCAGUGCCAGGUGUGGAGCUGACCUGUGCCAUCCCAUUGUAGCCAUGGCCAGUGACCGCAGAGGAGAACAAGCCAUUACAAUUGAAGUGACAGAACAAGAGACCAAAGCUCCAAAGAAAACCAUUAUCAUAGAGGAGACCAUUACUACUGUGGUCAAAAAUACUAGAUUGAAGCGCCACAUGUCCCCACGCACCUCUGCCAUGGGAAUGUACCACAGUGAGACCUCCACCCCUGAACCUCCAAGACAAAGACGCCUGAUGCCCAGGAAAGCUGUACCGACACUCUAUGUCACAGAACCAGAUGGUGCAACAGGGAAGAAUCCCAAAUGGGUUGAAGUGGAGGAGAUCAUUGAGUAUAAGGUUAAUAAGUCCCCUAAGCUACCACGCAGACGGGGUGCCUCUCCUGCUCGAUCAGAAAGAGAGCAUGUUAUCGCCACUAGAUCAAAGAGGUCCUUACAGACCAACCCCAAUGCAAAUAACAACAACAACAACCUUGUGGAAGUCAUCCAGGCAUCACACACACAACAGGACCCAAAUACCACACUGAAUUUGAAUAGUGUUGAAAACUUAGCUCCAAAUGUACCACAGAUAGAUGCUGAAACAAAUGAAGAACACUCAUCACAGACCACUUGGUUAGAACAGGUUGAUCAUCCUGAACGGAUGAGUGGUCAUCACACCUUUAUUAUUGAAAGUACAUUUGGUGGAGAGGCAGAUAGAAAACCUAAAGAAGAACCUCCCUUUAUUGUAGAGUCAGAACUGGAAAAUGAUGGAUUUGUGGGUGCUAAAAGCUUGCCAUGUGGAAAUCGCACAGUCAUCCUAGAAGACUUAGAGGACUAUGUCCCACAAGAUUGGGAGGCAUAUGGCAGAGCAGUAGCCCCACGUACCUCCCGUGUGACUCCCUGUGAGGUUUCUGUCAUACAAAAGGACAUCAGUGAACCCACUGUUGGUCAGCCUGUGAUAUUGAACCUUGACUGGCCAGAGCCUAAGCCUAAGCCCAACAUAGGUUUCAUUAACCGCUUCAGAGAGUAUCUCUCUGGCUUUACCGGUGUACUUCCCACUUCCAGGAGCCAGAAGAAACAGCACACACACAAGAGGAAUGCUUGUGCCUCCAGCCAGCUCACGCUCAUAGGCGGGGCAUGUGAGAGCAACAUUAAGCUAGAGGUCAAACCCCAAUAUUGCUCCCAAAUUCAAAAGAAUAUUAAGGAUAACCAAAUGAGCUUUAAGACUCUAGUGUCUGCAAAUACUCAAGGCUAUGUAGCUGUUGGAGAAAACAUGCCUUCUGAGCUAAUCAAGAAAAAUCUGAAUCAGAAGCAAUAGUCUGGGAGUCAGUUGAAAUGAGUUUGUAAGGUUCUCUAUUGCACAUCAGAUAUCACAAAUGAGGACUCAUAGUAGCCCUUUUAGUCUUAACAGGGAUCAUUUCUGUAAAAUCUACUUUGAAUGGCAUAUUUUGACCUUAUGCUUGCUCCAAAAGGAAAAUCAUUCCAUUUAAUGCACAAGACCUUGAGGAAAUCUAAUUAUUUUUGGCCAUUUUAAAUCCUUCAUGUUAAAAAGGCCUGUUUCAGUAACCAUGCUAUCCAUCAUGAGUAUGUUGUUUUAGGUUUGAGUAUGUUUGAAGCACAAAUCUGGAAAAAUAAGUUUAUUAAAAUAUACACAGAUUAUCAUUAUGCAAAAUCUUGUAGAGGCAAAAUAAUAUAUGUAUGCACAAAUGCCAGCUUUGGAAUGAAUAGCUCUCAUGCAAUUCUGCUUAGUUGUGAUAUUGUUCAGUUAAAUCAAGUCAGUUUAUUUAUGUAGCACAUUUAACACAUCAGAAGUUGACCCAAGGUGAAUUGAAAAGGUGAAUUGAAAUACAGUACACUAUUCCUGUAUAUGAAUAUAAGGAACAAAGAGAACAUAAUAGAAGAAUAAAGAGAAAACACUUCAGAAGAAUAAUAAUGGAUAAAAUAUAAAGCAAAUAAAAUAAUUUAAUUAAACUAGAUGAUAUCAAUACUAAUAAUUGAAUUAGUGGCAAUAAUGAAAUAAAAUGCACUAAGAAGAAUAAGGUACAUUAAGAAUAGACUUUACUACUAAAACCAUGUGAAAACUUGUGGUCUACUUAGAGAGAUGGUUGGAUUUUAUAUUUUCAAGGUUGGGGAAGGACUUGAUGUGUUAUGGAAGACUAUUCCAGAGCCGGGGGGAAGCAACAGUGAAGGCCCAGUCUCCUGUUGUGAUACAUAUUUGUCUGCACAGUUGUGCACAGCUAAAUCCUGUUCAUCAACUGAACACAGUUUGCCUAAUUUCUCUAAAAUCACAUCUGCAGAAGAUCAUUAAUCAAUCAAAUCAGUAUUCAGUGGCUCAUGGACCUUGUUGCCAGGCUAUUGUAAAUUCAUCCUCACAGAAUGAGCACCUGCAAUCAAUUGCAUAAAGUGGUGCUUAUACAAUAUAGUGACACUUGCAUUAAGGUUUUCAGAAACAUGGCCUUAUACGCUUCUACCCUUGUGUUCAGGUCUGAGCUUGCUAAGCCAAAUAUUUAUGAUAACUAAGAAUCACACAGGACACUACAAUUCAUGUUCAAAAUGAGUAAGUUUUUAUGUUUUGCAAAUGUGCAACCUAAGUGAAAGUAGAACAGGGGGAAUGGGUCUUGAUUAAUUUUGUGCAACUGAGAGUACUGGUUUGAGAACCACUAUGACAACUUUUGCAGUUAAAUAACACUUAUUUUAGAUGAUUUCUUUAAAGAUGUGUUUGAAAGAUGUGAUGCAUAUAAUUUCAUAUAGUUACAUAUUGCUCAAAAUGAAUUGCUACAAUGGCAGGGUUGUUGUUGAUAUUUCAUUGUAGAGACAACUGCCAAUCUCAUAGUUCCCCACUAUUGAUGUGUGCGUGUACUCUUCCUUGUAUCAUUGUAUUUUGUUUUACUGGAUAGUAAAUUAGUACAGUAAAUGAAAAAGGACAACCUGAGUGCCUGUGAGUAAGUAGAUGUAAAUUAAGAUUUGCUUGUGUUGGAGUUUUGAGUAAUAAAUGUCUUGCAGAGUA